CAAAAAUACAUUGUUUUGUCUUGUAGUUGACUAGGUUCUUCUGCUUUAAUGUAACCAUAGCGGUGGCAUCUAAGUUUAUAACAUCAUUGUUCAACAAUUUUUUGUUGAGUAAGAGUAGUCAUGGGAAGAGCUCCUUGUUGUGACAAAGAAAAAGUUAAGAGAGGACCAUGGUCUCCUGAUGAAGAUGCAACACUCAAGAGUUAUCUUGCAACUCAUGGCACUGUUGGAAAUUGGAUUGCAUUGCCCAAAAAAGCUGGACUUAAGAGGUGUGGGAAGAGUUGCCGUCUAAGGUGGCUGAAUUAUCUGAGGCCAGACAUCAAACAUGGAGGCUUCACUGAAGAAGAGGAUGCCAUCAUUUUCACCCUCUAUUCUCAAAUGGGUAGCAGAUGGUCUGCCAUAGCAUCUAAACUACCUGGCAGAACAGACAAUGAUGUGAAAAACUAUUGGAACACAAAACUGAAGAAGAAGAUUUUGACAGGAAUAGUUAAGCUCAAACCAAUGACUGAAAAUGACAAUACUAUCCCUUCAACUCCAUCACUAACUCAAAGUUCCAACCCUCAAAAUUCAGAAAUCAAUUUCCCUGCUUCACAAAAUCAGCAUUCUCCACCUUCACCACUGCCAAAUAUGCUAGACAAUAAAGUUGACAAAAUUCAUGAUGCUGUAGUAUCAGAAAUUGGUACAAGUAACAAAAGUAUUAUUAACCCUUUGGUGUCAAUUUCUCAAGACUCUUCAAGCAUUGCAAUUCAAGAUCAAGCUGGUGAUGAAUCUAUGGAAUCAUUCAUGGAUUUUGGAUUUGGAUUUCCUCAUGAUGAUGUCAAUGAUCUUAACUGCUUUCCUGAGUGGGUUGAUUUUAGUUAUGCCGACAUUAAGCCAAACUGACUGUAUCAAAAUGUUGCAUUGUUUAUUUAGUUCUAGUAAUCAUCGGAUUAUGUAACAGCAAAAAAAUUACAUUACAUAGGUGACAUAUUUCUAGUUUGGUAAGUACUAUGGUUUAGUAUUUUUUUUCUUCGAGAAAUCGAAGCGAUAAGGCUGAAUUUUAGCAUUCUUCAAAAAUAAAGAGGUUGAAUUUUAGUAGAUUGUUCA